UACAGGGGCCGAGUGGAAGUGAAGAGAAGGAGAAACGACUAUUUAAUUGUGUACCAGGUCCCUGGCACCAACAGUAUAGUAUGUCAAGAUCAUUCUUCUACAUCUGAACACCUUCUAUUUUCUGUCCUUUUGAUACCUUAUUGUAAAAAUGCCAGCAUUUAAGAACACAAAGGAUACAAUGUUCUGUCUUGGAAAUUAUUUAGUAAUAUUAAUGAUAAUUAUGAUGAAUAUUUCUGAAUCUAUGUCUAAGCCUACAGUAAUAGUUCAAUCAACAAAUGUUAUGAAGUCAAACAAAUAUUUACCACAGGAUAUUAAUUUAUCAAAAAAAUCAAUAAAUAUUAAAAAUCAACGGCAAUUAGAUCAAUUACUAAGACCUAGAAUAAAAGAAAUAAUUAAGAGAGAUGCUUCAAUUGAAAAAUUGAAAGAUGAUAGUUUGUUUCCGGUUCUACGGGUCACGCCAAUUUCUCUUGUGGAGUUGGGGUAUUAUCCAGAUGAGAGAGAAGUUUUUUAUGAAGAAGACAUGGAUGAAUUGUUAAAAUUACAAAAAAAAUUACACAUAUUAAAUAAUCAGAAUAAAAGAGGUGAUAUUAAUCCAAUACUGAUGGAGUAUUAUGAUAAUAUUGAAUCAGGUGAUGAUAAAAUUCCUGUUAGAGGUGAUCUUGUUAGACGUAACAAACGAUCAUCAGAUGAUUAUGAUGAAUACUGGGGUUACGGUGAAGAUGAAGGUGUUAAGAUUGAUGAUGAAGUCAAUAAGGAUAAUCGGACAUUACCCAAUAAUUAUUUACCAAGAAAUAAUAAUGACAAUGUUGCUGAAUAUAAAAGGAAUUAUGAGCAACGAAAUUUUUUAGAUUCAUCUAAUUCUCAAAUGGAAAUGGAAUUAGAGAAAAAAUUGAAGGACUAUAUUGCUCAUAAUCAGCCUAUUAUGAUAAGAAGAAAAAAUAAACAUGAUAUGAAUAAUGUAUCAAAUAAAUUACAGAUUCAUUUAAAAUCAGAACAUGAAAGAAUGCUUAAUAAAGCUCCAGUUUCAGCACAAAUAAUUAUUUUAAAAAAUUCAUCUAGAGGAUUAGAAUUUGAGGGUUUCGAGCCAAGAAGCAAUUUUGAGGGAGAAAUUGAUUUCCCAGGAAUAAAUCCAAAUCGUGAAGGCCUGGAGGCUACUCAUUUUCCGUCAAGUGCUCGAACAACACCAAAACCACGAAGAGAACCUCCAGGCGCUUGUAUAUGGGCCAUUGUUCAAUGUUGCACUUCGAGUGUUGAUCGAUUAACUAGGUGUUUUGAACAUAUGGGUUGCCCUGGUGUCAAUUGGGAUUCUGAUCCAUGUCGAAGAGCUGUUGCAGAUGCUGCAAGAGCUGAGAUCCUCAAGUAUUAUGCGAAUACUGAAUAGUAAAUCUUGUUUACUUCAGCUUCUAGUCAAGCAUAUUUUACUUGUUGAUUUCCUCAAGCAAAAAUAGAUUUCUUUAUUUCAUUCAUUCGUAUAUUUAUUACUAAUGUGAAAUUUGUAUAUAUAUUUUUUUAGUAUCUACACAAUGUUAUUUUUAAAAAAAAUAUUUUAAACAAAAUAC